AUGCGCGACAGCUCCUCACCUGCACUUUCAUCACCACCUUCCGGCUCUAUUUCAGACCCCGGCUCGCCGUUAUUCGGUCGGCCAAACAACAACGAUAUGGAUAUGGACGAGAUCAUAGUAGAUCCCUCCCAACCUCGCUUCGGUGUCGUCACAGGAGACCAACCGCCUCAACCGGAAGUCCGCCUUACCGCUGCUGGUUUGCCACGAAAGAAGCCUGGUCGCAAACCUGGCUCUACCGUCAAGCCUAAGAACCCCGACGAGCCGCCCAAGGUGCGCCGACCUCGAAAGCCUCGCGAUCCCAAUGCGCCGCCCAUUCAAAGGAAGAGAAAGUCGGCACCUGCUGCGGAUGCCGAUGCAGGCUCAGAUUCGAAGUCCCUUGCCGCCGCAGCCGCAUCUUCCUCCACGCCGCCUCCCUCUCGACAGACCAAGAUUACAGACCUCGUUGGCAUGAGUUCCUCUUCCCGACCUGGCUCUGCUCAGCCCGAACACACAGCGCAAAAGGCACCCAAGCGGGAGGAGAUGCCGCGUUCAAUGCAAAGCAUCUUGAACGCAGAGCCCGAGCCCGAGCCGAAACCACAAAAUACCGUUCUCCCCACGCGUACUAGCGGACAGGGUUACGAUCCUAUCCGUGGGAGCUACGAUCCAGUCAGAGGCAUCUUUGGUAGUGCCUCAUCUCCAAGACCCGCAACACAAACUGUCAACCGACCUAGCGCGUCUCCCUCUAUCGCAAGCUUGGUAGAUCCGCCCACGCAGAGUGUCACGUCGCCUUCCGCACAGAAUUUUCGCAUUGCAUCUACUGCUCAGUCACGAACUGAGAAUGUUUCUGUGCCAGCAUCUCCAUCAUACCCUGCCAGAUCAAUUCCUCAAGCGAUCUCAAAGCCACCUGCCCCCGAACCGAAGAAGGCCCUCGCACCCCCGCCAGUUCCAGCUAUCAAGGCGGACGCGAAGCUGAAGGAUGCUGCGUCAACUGCUGGUUCUGUCGCCAGCAAGAAACAUUCACCAAAGCAAAAGCCACAGAAGUCCGGUGUCUCUUCACCGAAGCUGAAUGCUUUGGACGAUUCUCGUGAUAUAGUCGGAGAUCGUUCAAUUCUCGACUUUGGCAGAGCCGAGACUGGUAAGGAGUACAAGGCCCCGGAUAUUGUCCUGGACAUUCCUAUCAAGCCCGGCGAUACGAAUAUCUACGUCAACGUGAUGCGUAUGGCUGAGGAGAAGUAUGGCUGGGAUGCUCUGCACCCUCGCCUGGCCGAGAAGCGAGAUCGCAAGGCCCGCAUUGCUGCUGCCUCGGCUGCCUUGGAGAAAACGGCGUCAGGCCAGGAAUCUGGCGACGAAAUGUCCGAGGACUCAGACAAGGAAGCUAGUAACGUGGAGAUGGGCGGUAUGACGAGUGGUGCCGACCUUCCCGAGAAGCCGAAGAAGAAGAAGCGCAAUUUCAAAGAAGACGAGUACGACAAGGAUGAUGACUUUGUCGACGAUUCCGAGCUUCUGUGGGAGCAGCAGGCGGCUGCCAGCCGAGAUGGCUUCUUCGUGUACUCUGGACCUUUGGUGCCAGAGGUUGAGAAGCCUGCGGAUACAAGACCUGACGGACUGCCUAAGCGUGGUCGUGGAAGCAGAGGCGGCCGUAUUGGCGGCCGUGGCGGUACGACUCGAGGCGAAGGCGGCACUGGUCGUGGGGGCGGACCAGGCUCCCGAGGUGGUCGCGGAUCCCGAGGCGGCUCUCUUACUCGCAAACCGCGUAUCACCAAGUCUGAAAAGGAGCAGCUCGAGCGCGAGAAGGCCGAUCGCCAGCGACAGGCUGAGCUAAGCGCCAAGUCUACGAACGGCUACUCACUUCAGCCGCAGACGCCCUCCUUUGCAGCUGGAAUGGCAGGCGCGUAG